AUGUCUCUUCCUCCUGAAAUCGACGAUUUCAUCAAACAAUGCAUCGACCACUCUCUAGGUCUUCCCAUCUCUCCCCAAACCCUCGACAUCAUGCUUCGCGCACUCAAAGACUCAGAUCAGUUUCUCCGCCAUCAGAAUGCGUCGCUCCUUGAUAAAUUGAAAGAAAAAGACGAACUCAUCGAACAAACCAAGUAUGAAGCGUGUUUGAGUGCUGUGGCGAUUAAGAAAUUUGUGGAGGAGAAUCAGAAAUUGGCGGUGGAGUGUGAGAAUCUUGUGGAGUAUUGUCUAAAAUUGGAGAAGGAGUUUGUGCUGUAUGAGAAUGAUAGGGAAGCGUUGAUUGAGUUUCAGAAUGAAGCCGAGGAGCGAGGGAGGGAGGCUUAUUUGCGAAUUGAAGAGUUGGAACGUGAUAUAAUCGUGUAUCAGAUGAAGAUAAAAGAGUGCCAGGAAGAGAAUGAAUCGGUUGAUUCUUCUUCUACAUGCAUGCUGGAGGAGGAGAGUUUGCUUGACUCCCUUCUAGCAACUGUUACUACUAAAGAUGACUCUUCUACAUAUGAGUUCUUGGUUGCAAAUAAUGAAAAUGAGCAUUGUAAAAAGUUGCUGUCAAUGUGGAGCGGAUUGAGACAAUCAACUCAGAGAAUUUUAUCUCUUGUCGCUGAAGUGAUGUCUCUAGAAAAGGAUAAAGAGCAUCUAAGGAUUAACCUUGACCGAGCUGAAGAGGAGGGAAAACUACUGUUUGUUGAAAAUAGCAAAUUGGAAAAGGAGAACAAAAGGUUAAUGAUGAAACUUUCCCAUAGUGCAUCUGCCAAGUCAAGCAAGAGAAAGUCAAGUCCCAAAACAAGUAGCCCAAUGAGGAAGAAGAUUGAUUUCGAUGAUUUAGAUUCUGUUUCUUCCAGACAACCAUUCUCACCCUUGCAUAGUAACUCUCUGGACUGUCGUCAGGGCUGUCUUGAUUUGAUGACUGAUUUUGAUGAUCUUUCAAAGUGA